AUGUCAAUCAAGAAAGAUGCUGAACAGAUGUUCCCGGAUGGGGAAUUGGCCGAGAUGAGUGACCGGGAUCAAGAGAUCUAUAAAACAGGUGUCCAGAAGUUCAAUCGACUGGGAUGGAAGCGCCUCACAAUCGUCCUAAUCGUAGAGGCGAUAGCGCUGGGAUCUCUCUCGAUCCCAUCUACGUUCGCGACUCUCGGAAUGGUGGCGGGUGUGAUCUGCUGCGUUGGUAUCGGUCUCAUCGCUGUCUACACUAGCUACAUCAUCGGCCAGGUCAAAGUUAAGUUCCCGCAUAUUUCGAACUACCCCGAGGCAGGCAGAAUGAUGUUCGGUCGAUGGGGAUAUGAAAUUCUAUACGUGAUGCUGUGCUUGGAGUUGUUGUUGUCUGCUGGAUCCCACUGUUUAACUGGGUCAAUCGCAUUCACGAAUAUCACGGGGAGCAAUAUUUGUUCUGUGAUUUUCGGCUUUAUCUCGGCCAUCAUUUUGUUGCUAUUCGCCGUACCACCGACUUUCUCUGACAUGGCCAUUCUCGGCUACAUCGAUUUCGCCUCUAUCAUUCUCGCCAUCGGAAUCACUGUUAUCGGAACUGGUGUAAAGGCCGGUGAUUCUACUGGUCUCCAAGCUGUCGAUUGGUCGGCUUGGCCAAAGGAAAGCCUUACCUUCUCCGAAGCAUUCAUCGCCCUCUCCAACAUCAUUUUCGCCUAUAGUUUCGCUCUAUGUCAAUUUUCCUUUAUGGAUGAGAUGCACACGCCGACUGAUUUCCCCAAGUCCGUUUGGGCCCUUGGCCUGACUGAGAUCUUCAUCUACACUGUGACUGGCGGACUAGUGUAUGCCUUUGUCGGCCAGGAUGUCAAGAGCCCCGCCCUACUGUCCGCCGGUAGCCUUCUCAGCCGAGUUGCAUUCGGGAUCGCCCUCCCGGUCAUUUUUAUCAGUGGUUCUAUAAACACGGUAGUACUGGGUCGACUAGUUCAUGGUCGCGUUUUUAAAAACUCAAACAUCCGUUUCAUCAACACUAAAAUGGGAUGGGUUACCUGGCUGGUUGUUGUCACAGUUCUGACAAUCCUUGAAUUUAUCGUUGCGCAGGUCAUUCCAUUCUUCGAUGACCUGCUGUCCCUUAUCUCUUCGCUCUUCAUCUCCGGUUUCACGUUCUAUUUCCCGGCUAUAAUGUGGUUUAUGUUCAUUCGCGGCGAGGAAAGCUCCACCGGCAAGAAAGUACUUUUCGGCGUGAUCAACGUCUGCAUCCUGCUCAUUGGCCUGAUUGUUUUGGGUGCUGGAACAUACUCGAGCGUUGUUGAUAUUACCAAGUCAUAUGCCGAAGGUACCGUGGGAGGGGUCUUUUCAUGCAGUUCCUAA